UCUCAUUUCAUUGACAAUGAAAUUCACCAUCUCGACCCGUUAACAUGGGUGCUAUAGCGAAACGUCGCAUGUCGACGUGGUUCGGUUCGAGAACCUAGUGUAGGGUUCCGUUAGAGGGACAAGUGACUCAGGUGUCUAACUGCAGAUUGCCACGCGACCACCGCUGCGCCUCGAAAGAACCAACAAGACAGUCUCCCCCGUUUUUCCCGUGCUCGCCGUGGUGCUUUUUAAACUCCGUUCAUCCCGCGACCAAAAUCCACCCACCGACCUUUGUUGACCUCCCUCAGUUACCACCCCUCUAGUCCACUUAGUAUAGUCUUUGAAGCAUAGCCAAGGUCCCAGACGGAAACGGCUAGUGCCUUUGGAAUCUGCUUUAGCCAUAUCCACCAAACUGCACGCAAACACCUGAAGAUCGACCAACAAUUUCGAACUUUCUCCACGCCCCGCGAACGAACGAAUGACUCGGGUCUUGGGGAGCGAUUGAGAACCCGUCACCUUCUAAACCGUCUGCUGCUGUGCGUCCAGCUUUCAAACCCACAACAUCACCGUUCCGUCGCACACGCAACCACGAGAGAUCUCAGACACAAUGUCCGGCAAGCAAGAUCCACCCCCGUACAACCAGCCUCAGCCUCCUCAGGCUGCUUACACCGGCUACGGCACUCCCCCGCCUGGUCAGGAAGGUGCCUACCCCUACGGCCAGCCCCCGCCGCAACAAGGCGGCUACUAUCCCCCUCAGGCACAGGGCUAUCCUCCUCAGGGUCCCGGCUACCCGCCGCAAGGCCCAUAUCCGCCGCAGGGUCAAUACGGGCAACAGCCAGGACCAUAUCAGCAAGGACCGCAGAUGGGCUACUACCCGCAACAGCAACCACCACCGGGAGCGUAUUACCAGCAGGGACCCCCGCCUCAAGGGUACUACCAACAGCCGGUAGAGCAGAAGAGCGGUUCCGAUGGCGUCUGCAUGGCGAUUCUGGGCACUUGCGCCCUCUGCUGCUGCUUGGAUGCCAUCUUUUAAACGCAAUCCGAAACCGCUUAAUACCGUAACGGGACCAUGUCAGAAACGAACAACAACACAAAAUAAUGGCAUCAAAACAAAAACGAUGCGAGACAGGAGAGGAAUGGUUGUGGGAUGUAUGGUUGCUGCCUCUGGCCGCGACGGGCAGCAAAAGGGUCCGUUUGCGCGCUGAUAAGGAGGUGCUGGUGGCGCUCGAGAUCGACGUCACUGUCUCGCUGAUUAUCAGUUACAAGCCGGGCAUGUGAAACAUUCACUCUAGCACGAGGUUCUUUUCGAGAUGGGGGGCAGGGCUAAUUAUAAGCCUCUCAAGGCUUGAUUGACUGUCUUAUGCAUUUGGGAGGCGCAAUGGGGGAACCUGGCCUGGUUACACAGUUGCUUUUAGCUUGUUUUACUUUCACAUCCAUGUUGGGUUUAUUUCUUCUUCCUACACCAGUAACCAUUUAUCUUCCUUGCGUUCCCACGCAGCGCCUUUGCAUAUCCCGUCCUUGUGUGUUCACGAAUACCGGUGCAUCUGAAUUUUCCUCACACUUUAACAGCUCUCGUUUACGAUCCCGCGGAUGUGUUCUAGGGGCGGGCAAAUGUUGACAAUAUCUACACUCACGGAGGUAUCAAUGACAGUUCCACAGUUUCGUUCACUUCUUCCUGCUACACGCAUGGCUUAUACAAGAGAAGACGGCUUAUACAAGAGAAGACGGCUUAU